UUCAGUCUGAGCCAAUUUACUCUUCAUCUCCAGUGACGGAGAGAGGAGAGCUAGGGAAGCGAUAUAUCAGGAAUCUGAAGAGAUCCACAAACGUGAGACUGAGAGGGCGAAGAGGAAUGUGAAGCAGUUGCAAAGAAAGCAAAUGAAGAAAUGACAGAGAGAGAUGUAGUCGGUGCUUCAGUUGCGCGAGCCACUACGCUGGAAGUCCUCCACCUGUGGCCAUGAUGUGAGAUCGAUAAUGUGAAAACGAAGGCCGUCUUCGAGCUUCAGCCAUUGUGCAGCCCCAGAUGCUCUACUGCUGAAAUCAAAAUUAAACGUCAACACACUCGCAUGGGUCCUUGACUACAAAUAGGAACAUACACACUUCAGUUGUUUUAGUUGUGUUGUGGCCGCUGUAGAAGGCUGUUAACAAUAUAAUUGCUAUCUGUUCACAUUUUAUGAAUAGUGACAAUGAACCAUCUGGCCCUUUUUGCAGACACACCUUAAAACUGUUAAUUGCACAACUUCUCAUCCAUUUGUGGUCCAAAUGACUCGUCUCACAUCCCCAUAAAAAACUCUUUCUCACUUUGUCUGAAUCAGCUGCUGUGACCGGCGAGGAUUAUGAGGCCGACUUUAGUGUUUCUACAUUUGCACUGUCUCCUGUUUGUGUUUGUUGGUGUGUGUGCCCCCAUUGCUGUGGGCUCGCUAGCUCACGCAUUACCAUGGCACGUCUCCUGCCCGGUGCGGUGUGUGUGUCAGAUCAAGCCGUGGUUCUCCCCUGACUCUGUCUACCAUGAAGCUCCCACUGUGGACUGCAACGAUCUGCUCUUGACCAAGCUCCCCUUACCCCUACCCCCGAACACACACACCCUGCGCCUGCAGAGUAACCUUCUGUCGGAGCUCGACACCGCGGUGCUGCAUGGACUGACCAAUCUCACCGACCUCGACCUUUCCCAGAACCGUUUCAGCCAUGUCAGGACAAUAAGUCAGAACACCUCCAUGUCCUCUCUACUAUCUCUACACGUGGAGGAAAACCAUCUCAAUCACCUCCCUGAGGCCUCCUUCUCCUCUCUGACAGCUUUGCAGGAACUGUUCCUCAGCCACAACAACUUACACGUGAUAGCACCUGGAGCCUUCACUGGUCUCACCUCCCUACUGCGUCUACAUCUCAACAACAACAGGCUCACCACUGUUGACCCUCGCUGGUUCAGGGCUUUGCCCAACUUAGAAGUUCUCAUGCUUGGUGGAAACCCUGUGGAGGCACUUCCAGAAAGGGGCUUCCUGGCCCUGAAAUCCCUCCGAAGUCUUGUCCUUGGUGGUAUGGGUCUGAGAGGAUUGGCUGAAAACGCACUGGAAGGGUUGGAGGGCCUAGAGAGCCUCUCAUUCUAUGACAACCUGCUGACAAAGGUCCCCACCCUCGCCCUAAUAAAAGUGCCAGGACUGAAGUUCCUUGACCUCAACAAGAACCGCAUUAAACUCGUUGAGACAGGAGACUUCCGAGACAUGGUAGAUCUGAAAGAGCUCGGCUUGAACAACAUGGAGGAGCUGGUGUCCAUUGAAAGAGCCGCCCUGGAGAAUCUUCCAGAGCUCACCAAACUGGAGAUCACCAACAACCCACGACUGUCCUUCAUUCAUCCGCAGGCGUUUCUCCGGCUGAGCAGGCUUGAAAGUCUAAUGCUCAACUCCAACUCCCUGAGCGCACUUCACCAGCACAUCAUGCUCUCCCUGCCGAGUCUUCAGGAGGUCAGCUUACACUCCAACCCACUGCGAUGCGACUGCCUGUUUCACUGGGCCGCUGAGGACGCCUCUCACACUCACAUUGAAGACACACAGACAGAGAAACAUACACCUCGGAUGGUGCGUUUCAUCCAACCGCUGGCCACGUUGUGCUCUGAGCCCCCAGAGCUGAGAUCUCGCAGGGUGAGAGAGGUGUCCUCCAGGGAGAUGUCGGCCUCGUGCCUCCCCAUGAUUCCUACCAACUCUCUCCCUUCCUACAUUGGGGUAAGAGAAGGAGGAAAACUCGUGUUGCACUGCCGAGCUCUUGCAGAUCCACAACCUGAACUGUACUGGGUGAUGCCCUCUGGACUGAGACUUGGUCAUGCACCGAGCCAGGCCUCCAAGGGUUUACCAAUUCCUGCUCCCUGCCACAGCCUGACCGCCUCUGAGGGGUUCAACAACACAUCCAGCUUUUCUCCUGGUCAGCCUCAGGAUAAUGCUGCCUGCAAUCCCUCUCAACACUACCGGCUGCUGCCUGAGGGAACUCUGGAAAUGAACAAGGUCACCCAAAGCGAGGCAGGCUUGUAUACCUGUGUAGCUGAGAAUGCACUGGGAGCAGAUACACACACUGUUACUGUGGGUGUGCAUGGAAGGGUAAAGAAAAGAAAGAGGGGGAAUGCUGCUAACAUGAAGGGAUAUCAGUUUAGAGUGGAUGCCAGGUUGGAAGUGAGAGAUGUCGGACAACACUAUGCCAUCCUGUCCUGGCAGAGUGGGCGAAACCUUCCUUCAACUCGUCUAUCCUGGCAAGCCAUAUCCUCAAACGCACACACGCCUACAUACACCACACGCAUCCUGGCUGGUACACAGAGCUUCAACCUAACCCACCUUCAGGCGGAGACAUUUUACAGAGUGUGUCUGCAUUUAGGGAUCAGUGAGGGUGCAAAGCGUGCCAGCAGGAGAUCAAGAGAGAGCAGAAAGUCUCAGUGUGUUUCUUUCAGGACGAAGGAUGUCCCAGAGCCUCAGCCCAGCCUGCAGCUAAGCCCAGAGCUGACCUCCACCGCAGUCACACUACUGCUCCUCGCACUCAUACUGCUGCUGCUGGCAGGCCAGGGAGGGGACAAUGAGCCUGGCGAGGGGGCAGGAAAGCACAACAUCCUCAAGGAAGUCAAAAGUCCUAAAGUUCUGAUCAUCAAUCAUACAGACGGAAGCACUGCACAUUAGCCGAAUCAGAGUGAGGAACUGCUGUUGCAUCAUGACUGCUGAGAUAGUUAUAUUUGUGCUUAUCAAAUACAGACAAAAACACUGAUAUACUCACACACACACACAUAGAUAAUGUUAAAUAGUACCUUGUAAAUCGCAGCUUAAAGAGAAGAGUCAUGAAUUGAUUAAUUGAUGUAGAAAGAGAUUUGUAUUUAUUUUAUAUACCAUAUAAAAUAUAUAUUGACAUUAUUUCUGUGUAAAGUUGUAUUGUAAAUGCCUAAACCCUAACCAGGGAAAUACAAGUGGACAAUCAGACUGCUGCAGCACAGUGAGGGAUCUGAGGAGGAACAAAUGACGGAUAUUUGCAGAGGUGAGCAGUCCAAAUCUCCAGAGCGUCCGUCUUGUUUCCUGUCUACAUGUCCCCAGACUCAACCAUUCUCUCUCCGAGCAGAUGAAACUGUCUUGAGACAUAAACUGAAAGAAAUCCCUAAUUGAUAUAAACAUCCUUUUUUUCUUAGCUUUCACUACCUUGAACUGGGUUGUCAUGUGGAUUACAUUAUACAGUAAACUCAUCCUUACUUCCUCCCGAACUCCCCGUAUCUUCUUUCAACAUUUAAGUGGUCUAAAAGUGAUUGUGUUAAACUCUAUUUUGAGCUAUUAUACAAUAAAAUCUUUUUAAUUUACACAAUUUGACUGUCUAUUUAAGUUCUUCUUGUCUCAAACAUGGUGUGAACAUAGCAUGACAGAUGAGAGACCUUAAACUCUAUACAUACAAUUAAAAGCAUAUUAGGGAUUCACCUGCAGCAUCUACUCCUUGCAGCUGGCAUUACUCCACUGUAGGAGUAUGAUAAUAUCUCAGGAUAUCUGACACCUAUACAGUAAACACAAGACACAGUGUGUCCCCUGCUGGACAAGAUCUGAAACUGAGCAAUUCUAACUAAAGAGAUGCAGGAGUAAAUCAACUCAAGUACAAAUCUCACACAGUUAGAGGGUUUUUCUGUAUGAAAUUCUCAUUUUGUGUACUCACAAACAAUGCUUCUUUCCCGAGCUGUAGCACAUGGAAUAUCGACCUAAAAUAAAACAUUGAUUUCUCUAACUAAGACGUAUAUAUAAAUUCAGCUGGACUUGAUUUACACAAUUG